UUGGAGGAUACUAUAAUAUAAUAAUAUAUAUUAGGGAGUAAUUUCUGGCAAAAAUGUCCAAAAACAUGAACCUUCUAUUUCCUUCUCAAAACCGUGUGCUUCCCGCUGCUUGGUUCCUUCAAAACCAACGUCGCCUUCUCCUUCAACUUCAUAGUCAAACCCCCCCUACAUAAGCACCAACACCGCCAUUUUCCCCAGCUUUCAUUGACAAAAUAAAAGACCAUUUUACACCACAAAACCUAUAUUUCGCCGGAAAAAUGUGCAAGGGGUUUCUGGAAAACGGGCCGGAAUGUUUAAAGCUCAGAGCUUUCUACAUCCAUUUGUCGGUCUCGACGGCCAGAAAGGCUUUGCCGCAGUCGUUGACGCUGCACUUCCUCCCGCGGAUAGACGGGGGCGCUUUGGAGAUAAACGGGUCCAAGAUCCGACCCGACGCGCCCGGGUUCGUGACGCUCCACCGUGUCGUGGCGGCGGACGCGGCGGUGACGGGGGCGGUGUACGGGAGCCGGGAGCGGGUGAAGGCGAGCGAGGGGGUGAGGUUCGAGAUAUACGCCGGAGAUUCCAGGCUGGUGAAAGGCGUUUUCAGGAGAGACUGGGCGGCGGAGAAUUGGAAACUUGACUGCGAGUGCGUGGCGGCGGGAGAAGACGAUUGCCUGGGAAUCAAGGCGGCGGAGGUGUGCGUGGCGGUGGAGGGAUAUGAAGCGGAGCUGAUCACCCAGAAGGUGGAAAUGCGGCGGCGGAGGUGUUAUCAGGGGUUGGAAGAAAUCCCGGAGGGAAGAGAAACUGAAACAGAGUCGUCUGAACCGUGUUAUUGUCACUGCUGCGACGAGGGAGAGAAGGAGAUGGACGGCGGGGAUUGUGAGGCGGCGGAGGAGGAGGCGGUGGCGGUGGGGUGGGCGGUGGACAUGGGAAUAUGGAUGGUGUGUUUAGGCGUCGGAUAUUUCGUUAGCAGAGCUUCCUACAAGAGUUUGAGAAGAAGACUCAUUCCAUAAUUAGUUAAUUACCAUUUGUUGUAUUUUAAUAGCAGUGUACAAUUUUAAAAGAUUAGUUAUUGUAUAUUAUACAACAAUUUUGAAACAAUAAUAUUUUGAAAAAAUCUUACUUUAUUAUAAAAAAAAUAUUAUUUAA